AUGGAUGUACAUAUGUACUGCCCUUUAAUAUCAGUGUUCUGAACUUACCCAACCCUGAUAAUUGCUGUCCCUAUGAACAAACUUUGAACCCUCUUCACCGCGGUUCACCCGCAGAAACGGCGGAAUAGCGAAUAGCGAAUUUUCUUCUCCUUAUCGCAGUUUUGGGGCAAAAGGAAAACGUCAAAAUAGUGUAAAAUGGCGGAUCAAAGUGAAAGAAAUCAAUUGCCGCCCGGUUGGGAAUGCAGAUACGAUUCCCGAAGUGGCCGUCCUUAUUUUAUAAAUCACUUCAACCGAAGUACGACAUGGGAAGAUCCCAGGGUGAGAUAUUGGCAAUACGCUCAAUAUGUACAGGCUCAAAAUUCCAUUAUUCCAAGUUCUGCGUCAACAGUGAGCACUCAAGAAAGUAUUCCGUUGCAGACCGGAGGAAGCGUCGGCGGACAUAUUAUUUAUUCGGGGUCGCACAGAGCACCCCAGGUUUACCCGACCCCAUCGCCUUAUCAUAAUCCGCAACCUGCGUUUUUACCUCCGAGUUUGCAGGACUUGAAGACACCGAUGUCGACUCGGUCAAUUAGCGCGAUGACAAAUCGCUUUGGAGACAUGACAAUCGGCUCACCGACACCAACGGCAAAUAUGGAAACAAGUUUUAUGCCAAAUAAUUCCGAUGCUGAGAUUCAGGUGGCAAAAAUUAACGCAAUGUUCCCCACCGUCACCGACACUCACAUUCGACUUUUAUUGAAAAAAUACCAUAACAGAGCAGCAUUAGUCAUGAGCGCACUGCAAAUCGAGAAGAAUCCUCUCUGUGCGCCAGGACCUUGUACACCCGUUGGAGUUCAUUCCAAUUACGCGAUAACGAGAUGGCGAGUUCCACGUCACGCAAUUCACAAUCUGACAUUGAAGGGGGCUCGGCCGCCCCCUCACUCCCCAAAAAUGAAACUUAGGUACCUGAAAAAUGUUUUUCCAAAAGUUGACGAGACUGUUUUGCUCGACAUGCUGGAGCAGAGCGAUAAUAAUGUUCAGAAAGCUUCGGAGAAACUCAUUGAAUUGGGCUAUGAGAAGAAGAAUCCCACUGGUCCGAGUAAAAAUGCUUCAAAGCCGAAGGAAGAAAAGGUGGAAAUUUCUCGGCCAACACCGACGCCACCGCCUCGAAUGAAGAGCUUCGAGGAGAAGAGCAAAAUGAAAGAUCGUCUAAUGGAUAAAUUCAAAUCCGUGCCAGAGAGAGUGAUUUUAUUAGCAAUGGACAGCGUUGAUUACGAUGAGGAGCGAGCCUCGCAUAUUUUAGAUAUUAUGGUCGCUGAAGAAGCUAUUCGACCGCUCAAUACUUCCAGUAGUCAAAGCAGUAGCCGAAGUGACGAUAGAAAGGACAGUCCGCCCAUUACGGAAGCGAUCAAGUUAACCGCUUCUCCCCUCAAGAAAAUUCUCAAGGAAAACGACAAAGAAAAGUGCAAGAGGUCGAAAAGCAAGAUUGAAACUCCCAAAGUUUCUCGAGGAACAAGCACCACCGAAGACAAUGAGUACCAAUCGCCUUAUCGGUCGAAACCAUCUGGACCAAAUACUGAUUUGCCAAAUGGAGCCGAUAACGAUUUGCUCCUGCCAGAUUACGCUCCAUGGUCGGGGCCGAAUCCGGGUCUCUUGUCGAAAAAAUCCUACUCAAUGUCGUCAGCAGUUGGUUGUGACUCGUCCCUGGUGACUGGUGGUAAUAGUUGCCUUGCGAAAGGCCCAAAUUUAGAAUUACGCAAAGGUCCUAUUCGCGGUUUAGCUCAAGGUUCUAUUUAUUCUCAAAGGAACGUUGCCAACACCGAGAGUCGGGGCAAAUGAAAUUCGUGUUUUUUCUGAUUUUUCAUUCUUUCUCUUUGCAAAAGUUAAUUCUUGUUUCAAUCCACCAUCAAAGAAAAAAAGAAAGAAAAGAAAAAAAAAACAUUACGUAUCGAUUUCCAAUUUUUUAAAUUUAAAUAUUUAAA